AUGGAUACCGAGUCCACGUACUCUGGAUAUUCUUACUACUCCAGCCACUCGAAGAAAUCCCACAGGCAGGGGGAGAGAAACAGAGAGAGGCACAAAUCACCCCGGAGCAAAGAUGGCCGAGGAUCCGAAAAGGCUGUCACCAUCCAGGCGCCCACCGGGGAGCCCCUGCUGGGGAACGACACCACUCGGACGGAGGAAGUCCAGGAUGACAACUGGGGGGAGACCACCACGGCCAUCACGGGCACCUCGGAGCACAGCAUCUCGCAGGAGGACAUCGCCCGGAUCAGCAAGGACUUGGAGGACAGCGUGGGGCUGGACUGCAAGCGCUACCUGGGCCUCACCGUGGCCGCGGCGCUGGGACUCCUAGUUUUCCUCACCCCCAUCGCCUUCAUCCUGCUGCCCCCCAUCCUGUGGAGGGACGAGCUGGAGCCCUGCGGCACCAUCUGCGAGGGACUCUUCCUCUCCGUGGCCUUCAAGCUCCUCAUCCUGCUCAUCGGGACCUGGGCCCUCUUCUUCCGCAAGCAGAGGGCCGACCUGCCCCGGGUGUUCGUGUUCCGGGCCCUUCUGCUGGUCCUCAUCUUCCUCUUCGUGGUCUCCUAUUGGCUCUUCUACGGGGUCCGCAUCCUGGACUCCCGGGACCGGAACUACCAGGGCAUUGUGCAAUACGCGGUCUCGCUGGUGGACGCACUGCUCUUCAUCCACUACCUGGCCAUCGUGCUGCUGGAGCUCCGGCAGCUGCAGCCCGUGUUCUCGCUGCAGGUGGUCCGCUCCACCGACGGCGAGUCCCGCUUCUACAGCGCGGGGCACCUCAGCAUCCAGCGAGCAGCACUGGUGGUCCUGGAAAAUUACUAUAAAGAUUUCACCAUCUAUAACCCCAACCUCCUAACAGCCUCCAAAUUCCGAGCAGCCAAGCACAUGGCGGGGCUGAAAGUCUACAACGUGGAUGGCCCCAGUAACAACGCCGCCGGCCAGUCCCGGGCCAUGAUUGCCGCCGCCGCCCGCCGCAGGGACUCCAGCCACAACGAGCUGUACUACGAGGAGGCGGAGCACGAGCGGCGGGUGAAGAAGCGGAGAGCGAGGCUGGUGGUGGCGGUGGAGGAGGCCUUCAUCCACAUCCAGCGGCUGCAGGCCGAGGAGCAGCAGAAGGCCCCGGGGGAGGUGAUGGACCCCAGGGAGGCCGCCCAGGCCAUCUUCCCGUCCAUGGCCCGGGCCCUGCAGAAGUACCUGCGCACCACGCGGCAGCAGCACUACCACAGCAUGGAGAGCAUCCUGCAGCACCUGGCCUUCUGCAUCACCCACAGCAUGACCCCAAAGGCCUUUCUGGAGCGGUACCUGGGCGCGGGCCCCACGCUGCAGUAUGACAAGGAGCGCUGGCUGUCCACGCAGUGGAGGCUGGUCAGCGACGAGGCCGUGACGAACGGGCUGCGGGACGGGCUCAUCUUCGUCCUCAAGUGCUUGGACUUCGGCCUCGUGGUCUCCGUGAAGAAGAUCCCCUUCCUCGUGCUCUCGGAGGAGUUCGUGGACCCCAAGUCGCACAAGUUCGUCCUCCGCUUGCAGUCGGAGACGUCGGUGUAG